AUGGUUCACGACUCUGGCUCUGGCUCUGGUUCUAGCUCUGGCUCUAGCUCUGCUAGCUCUGGCUCUGGUUCUAGCUCUGGCUCUAGCUCUGCUAGCUCUGGCUCUGGUUCUAGCUCUGGCUCUAGCUCUUGCGCUUUCAUAGCAACUACCUAUCUACCUAUAUCACGGUCCAACUACCCCGAUGGCGCCGUUGACGAGGGAUCGGCCGCGGCCGGUCCCGAUAUAGACUCCUACGUCAAGUCAAGUCGAGUCAAGUAG